ACCGUACACUCGUUAACCGUAAACCAAUCAUUACUCAACAACCAUGAAGACCACAGUCGUCACCAUCGCCGGCCUGGCGGCAGUCGCGAGCGCCCAGUCUCUCUGCGCUGUCAACUGCUUUCAGUCGGUGACGACGGAGCACCCGCCGCUGGACUGCAAGGAGGCCAACAUGUACCUCUGCUUCUGCAAGGGCAAGGAUCUCCAGAACUUCUUCGCCCAGUGCGCAUACUCCAAGUGUGCCAGCGACGCCGAGAAUGCCAUCAACUUUGGUGUCAGCCUCUGCAAAGACAUGGGAGUUCCGAUUGUGCCGCCGGCCCGACCUUCGUCCUCAUCCACCGCCCAACAGCCCCCGAGCUCCGCGAAGAGCAGCACCCCCGUUGCCGCUACGUCGAGGCCGGCAUCCAGUGCGGUGGAGACGACGCUCGUCACCACAGGUGUCGCGUCCAAGUCCAGCUCGGCCACGAGUCUCCCCACCAGCUCGCACGCUGCUGAGUCUUCUGUCGUCCUGCCGUCGUCGACCAAGCGGGUUUCGACGCCCACGAAUGGCACUUCGACGCAGCCCAGCCCAACAAACGUCGUGGUCAACAAGGGUGUGAGCCUAAAGACUGUUCCGGGAGCUCUCGUCAUUGCUGGUCUUGGCGCUGCCGCGUUCCAGAUGCUCUGAUAUUGCCACAGUCAAGUAUAAUGUGGUAGGCAGCGAGCCGACGUCAAUGGCUGGUCUUGUUCCUUACAAGCCAAGACCUCGCCUAACAAAUAUUGAAUCCAUUUUCCAGAGGCCAAGCAUGUUAUGUCGAAGGCUACAUAGACUGUAUAAUAUUCCGUGGACAACUUGUAUGUAAGCAUGCC